CUCCCUCUCUCUCACACACACACGCGCGCACACAACACACGCACACAACACUCACGCACACGCACGGAGCAUCCUCCCCUCAGGUCUUCUGGUCCAGCCCCACCCGCGCCUCCUGCUUCCUACAAACCUCCAUCUCUCCCACACGACACCCCCCUCCCUCCAGCUCCCGGACCCUCCUCGCCAACCCCCACUCCAGUCCCAGGAUGGAGCGGAUCCAGCCGGCCCGGAGUCCCCCGCGGCCGGGGUGACGGCCCCCGCCCCUCUCCCGCCCGGCCCCCGCCCGGAGCACCAUGGGCCGGAGGGUUUCCUUAGGUGCCGGACGCUGAAGAUGACUGAUGCUGGAGCUCUCUUGAGUCAUGGCUUCUUCAAAGCUCCGAGAACCCACCGAUGAGGUUUUUGACCUGGACUUGGCUGUGCCAGAGACCGUCAGACUGGACAGCAGUUUACACAAAGCCCGGGCCCAACUGCUGGCCAAGGGCCGUAGACAUCGGCCUUCCCGCUCCAGGCUCCGGGACAGUGCCAGCUCUGCGGAGGAUGGCGAAGGCUCCGAUGGGCCUGGAGGCAAGGUGACCGACGGCUGCGGGAGCCCCCUGCACCGGCUGCGCUCGCCUUUGCACUCGAGUCCGGGGUCUCCGGCUGUGGGUUCAUUCUGCCUGGAGCCUCCGGGGCUACGGCGCAGCCUGGACGAAGACGAACCACCACCCUCGCCACUCACCCGCUACCGGCCCCUGCACAACGCCGCUUCGCACGAGGGCCUGGCCGCCGCCUCCAGCUCACCGCCACGCUCCGCGCCCUCCUCCGAUAGCUCGCCCAGCUUUGUGCGGCGCCACCUGCGCGCAGAGCCGCACAGCGAAGAUGACAGCCGAGAUGCCAGCCCACCCGAGCCUGCCAGCCCCACCAUUGGCCUGGAUAAGAAGACUCGCCGAAAGUUCCUGGACCUGGGGGUCACCUUACGCCGAGCAUCCACUAGCAAGAGCCGGAAGGAGAAGGGCAGCAACCGCCUGUCCAUGGGCAGCAGGGAGUCGGUGGAGGGGUCCAGCAGGUCCGGGGGCUCCGCGUUCCUGCCCUUUUCCUGGUUCACGGACAGCGGCAAGGGCUCGGCCUCCUCUGGCAGCACCACCCCCCCUGCCUGCUCGCCUAAACACGAGAGCUUCAGCCCCAAGAAGUCAGCUUCUCAGGAAUCCACCCUGAGUGAUGACUCCACACCCCCCAGCAGCAGCCCCAAGAUCCCGAGCGGUCCCCGGCAGGAGGCCAAGUGCUCCUACCCCUAUCACACGCUGUCCCAGUCUUCGGAUGAGUUCCUGGAUGAGCCCCUCCCCACUAUCCACCACUGGACCAGCCAGCAGGUGGGCCAGUGGCUGCACAGCCUCAACCUGGAGCAAUACGCCGCCGAGUUUGCCGCACGGCAGGUGGAUGGGCCCCAGCUGCUGCAGCUGGAUGGAAGCAAACUGAAGAGCCUGGGGCUCAGCAGCUCGCACGACCGGGCACUGGUGAAGCGGAAGGUGAAGGAACUGGCAGCAGCUGCUGAGAAGGAGCGCAAGGCCCAGGAGAAGGCUGCACGGCAGCGAGAGAAGCUCCGGCGCAGGGAGCAGGAGGCCAAGAAGAGCUAGAGGAGAGUGAGGCGGGCACAGCACCCAGGCAGGGGCAGCUUCCGGCUCAGCAGGCACAGGCCUCCCCAGGGAAGCAGGGCCUGGGCGCCCAGCGUGGGCUGGCCUGGCCCCACGCUCUCAGGGGUACUUGCCCUCUCUCACCUUGUCACUCUGGACCAAGAUCCCCCAGAAAGGGAGACCCCAGGGAGAGGGCCCAGUAAUAAAUCAAUUUCGAGGACUCAAUCAGCACAGAGUUCCUGGGGGAAGUAGCAGAUUAUGGGAAGAGGGCAGAGAGGCUAGGGCUGAAGCCAGUCUGGGAGCCCAGACGCACCUGGGUUGAUCUGACACUCUGUCCUGGGGUCACCGUGGUGUGGGGGCGGGCAGUGAGCUGGGAUGCCUGCCUGCCUGCCUGCCAGAGGCCAGGGACCCAGGGCUCAGAGAGGUGGCUGAGCAUCUCAGCAGGAGUGGGCGGAUGGAGUUGUUUCUCUCCAGCUCUCUAAGGUGGCUGUGUGUGGGGAGAGCUCUGCUCUGUUCCCAGGGAGGCUGGUGGGCACGGCAGCAAGCUGCACUCAGAGUAGACACCCGGACUGCCUCCUCAACAGGAGAGCAGAGGAAGCAGCAUGGUCAUCCCACUUGGCCUUUGUAGGACUUCAGGAGAAGGGAGAGUGAAACCCUCCUCCUCUUCCCCUCCCCUAUCCUGUGGUCCCGACGGUGAGACGACACCCCCAAGGGUCUGCUCUUCCUGGGGCCCCGU